ACUGAUAAAUUUUGUGAUAAAAUAUCAGUUUGAAAAAAAUGUAUCUUUCAAUAAUUGCAAUUUUAACAUUAUUGUCCCUGGCAAUUCUCACAGGAAUUGUUGAUGCUGCUGUUAUUACAACGACAACACCAAGGACAUGUUCAAAAAAGGGGGCAAAAUGUGGCAGUAAUAAUGACUGUUGCAGUAAAAAAUGUAAAAAAAGUGGAUUAAGAAGAAAGAAGAAGUGCCAAUAAAAACUGUUUUCUCAAUUCAACAAUUUUUGGAAGUUAAUUGAAGAGUACUUGCUGUACAAAAUAAAUAAAAUAUAAACUGUGUUAAAAAACCAGAAAAUAAAACAAAUUUUCAUUUUUGGUAUCAAAAA